UCACAUGACACAAGGCAGCGUCCAAGCCACACUUCUUUCGCUUAUCGCGAGAACACAUUCGCUCCUUUUCCCUUUUCGUCGUGUCCAAGAUGGGAGUUGAUAUCAGGCACAAUAAGGACCGCAAGGUUCACAGGAAGGAGCCCAAGAGCCAGGAUAUCUACCUGAGGCUCCUGGUUAAGCUGUACAGGUUUCUGGCUCGUCGCUCCACUGCCCCUUUCAACAAGGUUGUCCUGAAGAGGCUCUUCAUGAGCAAGACCAACCGACCGCCGCUCUCCCUGUCCCGCCUGAUUCGUAAGAUGAAGCUACCAGGCCGUGAUAACAAAACCGCUGUUGUCGUGGGAACAAUAACUGAUGAUGUCAGAAUCCAGGAUAUCCCCAAACUCAAGGUGUGUGCCUUGAGAGUGACAGAUAGGGCUCGCCGUAGGAUCAUGAAGUCUGGGGGACAGGUCAUGACCUUUGACCAGCUAGCCCUGUCUGCUCCUAAAGGACAGGGCACCGUGCUGCUUUCAGGACCACGGAAGAGCAGGGAGGUGUACAGGCAUUUCGGGAAGGCACCUGGAACACCCCACAGCAACACCAAGCCAUACGUCCGCUCCAAGGGCCGGAAGUUUGAGCGCGCUCGUGGCCGCAGAGCCAGCCGCGCAUACAAGAACUAGAACCAUUUCUGCUGAACUCUUGGGCUUGGAGUCUGUAGCGAAUAAAUAUGACAAAAACCCUGC